GCUCUACACUUUCUACAGAAGUAGCCAGCAUGCGGCGCUGCUAUACUUCAGGGGCUGGCUCCGGUCGUCCUCGUCGUCGAUAUCCGUAGCAGUCGAGCGCUGAAGCUCGAACAUAAGUGACAUCCGCGAUGUGCAUACAUACACAGAUCUCUCGAAAGUACGCAUCUAGAAACGUAAGCGUGCUGUUUUAUUUGUUUGAUUUUGUACUCAAUCCUCAGUGUUAACUCUGAGCUGUGCAAUGGACUGCUGCAAUCGCAGGUAUAACGAAAUCAUCAAAAAUUAAAAAAGACAUUGUGAUGUGCUGGCGAAGAAAAAUUAAAAAUGGGCAAUUUAUACAUGCGAUGAUAAUCACUAUCGUGUAUGCGGCUGCUAUGCGUAAAGCAGCAGCAGAAACGUAUCGCAAUUUCGAAACGGAUUUCCUGCAGGAAUUGCCAACGCCAGAAUCUGGCCCGUAUUUCGAGACAAAGGGAUCUGCAGCACUCAAUGUUACAGGUCUUGUCGGUAAGACCGUGCACUUGGUCUGCAGGGUGAAAAAUCUUGGCAAUCGUACGGUUUCCUGGAUAAGGCAUCGCGACAUUCACUUACUUACAGUUGGUCGUUACACAUAUACCAGUGAUCAGCGUUUCGAAGCGCUUCAUGCACCGCACAGCGAAGAAUGGACUCUUCGGAUACGAUACCCACAACGUAAAGAUAGUGGAACUUAUGAGUGUCAGAUAUCGACAACGCCCCCAAUAGGCCAUCCCGUAUCUCUGACCAUCGUUGAACCUAUUACAGAAAUCGCCGGCGCCACGGAUCUUUUCAUCAACAGAGGUAGCACUAUCAAUCUCACUUGCUUGGUGAAAAACGCGCCUGAACCACCCAUCACGAUGAUUUGGAGUCACAAUCGACAGGCGAUAAAUUUUGACUCUCCUAGAGGGGGCAUUAGCUUAAUUACGGAAAAGGGGCCCGUAACUUCCAGCCGUUUACUCAUUCAAAAGGCGAUCCAAAAAGAUUCUGGGCUAUACACUUGCACUCCAAGUAACGCCCAUCCCAACAGCGUGAGGGUGCAUAUAUUAAAUGAAGAACAUCCGGCUGCAAUGCAUCACGGGACGGCCGGUGACAAGAUAUCGAGCGACUUAAUACUUCUGGAGGCCCUCUUACUUGGAAUGCUUUCACAAAUGCAGUGCCCAAGAGGGUAUUGAUCAUAUCAAUUGCAUCUCACGCACGCGAUAUUUUCUACUGCCUAAUAGAAAUUAUUGACUUUGUAAAUAUUUUACGAAAAAGCGCAUAGCGAUUAUGUGUUGAUAAAUAAAAUUAUUUCAAUUGAUA